AGUACUGUUUUUGAAUAUAAACACUUGGCUUUCUCGUGUAAAAAGAAUUUUUGGGUCGUUGAAAAUUAUUCCCAUUUCGAGCAAGUUCAUCAUCAAAAGGGUGCGUUGCUUUGCGGCUGCCUAUACCCGAGCAAUUAUCUUUCAUUCGACUUUUCCACUAUCUCCACCAUUAAAACUCUGCUUCACGUUUAACAAAACCCAUUUCUUAUUUCCUUCUUUAAUCUGGACCAAACCCAUCUCUCUUUUCCCCGAAGUUUCCCUGUGUUUUCAUUUGAUUUUCCCUUUUUGUUGAAGCUUUUUUGUGGGGUUUUUGUUUCUUUUUCAAUUGAGAGUUUUAAUGGAGAAUCGGUAUGAGCCAUUGAAGGACCUUGGCUCUGGGAAUUUUGGAGUUGCUAGGCUUGUUAGAGACAAGAAGACAAACGAGCUUGUUGCAGUCAAGUACAUUGAGAGAGGGAAGAAGAUUGAUGAGAAAGUUCAGAGGGAAAUCAUUAAUCAUCGAUCGUUGCGGCACCCUAACAUUAUCAGAUUCAAGGAGGUCUUCUUAACCCCAACUCAUUUAGCCAUAGUCAUGGAAUAUGCAGCUGGCGGGGAACUUUUUGGAAGAAUAUGCAGUGCUGGUCGAUUUAGCGAAGACGAGGCAAGAUUUUUCUUCCAGCAGCUAAUAUCUGGAGUCAGCUACUGCCAUUCCAUGCAAAUUUGUCACAGGGAUCUGAAAUUGGAAAACACACUCUUGGAUGGAAGUCCUACACCACAACUUAAGAUAUGUGACUUUGGUUACUCAAAGUCCGCUUUAUUACACUCACAACCGAAAUCGACUGUUGGGACACCGGCAUAUAUUGCACCGGAGGUUCUAUCACGGAAGGAGUAUGAUGGAAAGAUUUCAGAUGUUUGGUCAUGUGGAGUGACAUUGUACGUGAUGUUGGUUGGAGCAUAUCCAUUCGAGGAUCCUGAAGAUCCGAGAAAUUUCCGAAAGACGAUAGCAAGAAUAUUGAGUGUUCAAUACUCAAUACCUGAUUAUGUACGCGUGUCCGUGGAGUGUCGCAACCUUCUUUCUCGCAUAUUUGUCGCUAACCCCGCAAAGAGGAUCACCAUCCAAGAGAUAAAACAGCUGCCAUGGUUUUUCAAGAACUUGCCAAAGGAGCUAAUUGAGAUUGAAAAAACCAACUUCAAACAACAAGAACCCAACCAUCCGUCACAGAGCGUUGAGGAAAUUAUGCAGAUUGUUCAGGAAGCAAUGACACCAGGAGAAGUGUCUAAAAUCGGGGACCAAAUGUUGGCUGGAGGAUCGGGGCUCGACGAUCUGGAAGCUGAUAUAGAUUCUGAAGUUGAUGUCAGUGGUGACUAUGUAACUGCUGUUUGAGAAUGGUUUGAUUUUUAGUUUGAUUACAGAAGAGUUUGUUGUAUGGAAACAAAGCAUAUAUGGCGUCAAAAUCAUAUUGUACAGAGAAAUAGAAGCCAACAUUGUGGGGCACUUGCAUCGACUCCCCCAAAACGUGUUCAUUGUAUCAACAAUAAUAGAGUCCAUUUUUUGUUGAUGAAAAGAAAUACUGUCUGGUUCAAAGUCCUUUAAUUUCUCUCAUUGGAAAAUUAAA